ACAGAGCAGACCGGAAUCCGCGCGGCCCGGGACACGCGUGGAAGAGCCCUGCUGGCACUGAGGGAGGAUGGAAGGAGAGUCCUGGCCCUCCAGGACAUGUCUCUGGGUCGGCUCCUGCGACGCGCCUCCUCGAAGGCCUCUGACCUCCUGACCUUUAACCCUGGCUCAGGCGGGUCACGGGCUGUGCUGGAUGGCGAGAUCAUCUUCUCCAAGAACAAUGUGUGCGUGCACCCCACCGAGCCCCUGCCUGGCCUGGCCGAGCACCACCCAGGGUACCUGUGUGUGCACCUGGAGAAGGACGAGACGCUGGGCACCACCCUGACUCUCACCUGGGUGCCCAACUCCCGCAUCCAGCGGCAGGACGAGGAGGCUCUGCGCUACGUGACCCCCGAGAGCUCGCCCGUGAGGAGGGCGCCCCGCUGCCGGGCGCGGCAGCCGCACAGCGGCACUGUAAUAAAUAUUCACUGGGUAUGA